AUGUCUGGUAAACCGAAAGGUGAUAAUUGAUGUUGUUUUGUGAUAUUUGAUGUUGUAUAGUUUUGUGAAAUUUUUUCUGGUUUCCGAAAACCUCUAAAAAGUCUAUUUUUUGAAGUUGCUAUUCGAAACCCUAAAAAUCACAUUUAAUAAUAGUGCUGUAGUUUCAAUUCAUUUCUGCCACAAUAAUUAGAUUUUUGAAGGAUCCCAUGAAAUUUUAUAAUUAUGUUGUACUUCUAAUUUCCAAUCUCUAUCUAUCUAAAACCCAUGUUUUUGCAGCACAAUCAAGAAUGAAGCGCGACAAGAAAGACGAGGAAUCUAGCGGAAAUCUCUACGCGCAUUUGGACAAAACAUCUGUCCUCCAAGAAGCCCGUGCGUUCAACGAAACUCCAAUCAACGCGAGAAAAUGUAGUUUGAUCCUCACAAAAUUGCUCUACAUCAUCCAACAAGGCGAGUCAAUCGGAAGAACCGAAGCAACUGAAGCAUUCUUUGCUGUCACCAAAUUGUGGCAAAGUAAAGAUGCAAAUCUUCGUAGAUUGGUUUAUCUCGUUGUCAAAGAAUUAUCAAAUAUCUCGGAUGAUGUUAUUAUUGUAACAAGUAGUUUGACAAAAGAUAUGACUGGAAGAGAAGAUGUUUAUCGACCAGCUUCUAUAAGAGCACUUUGUCGAAUUACUGAUACUGGAAUGUUGCAAACAAUUGAAAGAUAUAUGAAACAAGCAAUUGUUGAUAGAAAUGGUUCAGUUUCAUCAGCCGCAAUUGUUUCAUCAACUCAUCUUAUGAAAAAGUCGUCAGAAGUUGUUCGUCGUUGGGCAAAUGAAGUUCAAGAAGCUGUAUCUUCUGACAAUCAUAUGGUUCAAUAUCACGCUCUUGGUCUUCUUUAUCACAUUCGUUGUAAUGAUCGCUUGGCUGUUAAUAAACUCGUCCAAAAAUUCAGCAAAAACUCAUUGCGUUCACCAUAUGCUGUCUGUUAUUUGAUUCGAAUUGCUGCUCGUUGUCUCGUCGAAGAUGAUCAGUAAGUUUUCAUAUUUUAUGAAUAAUAAUAGCGUAAUUUUCAAUUUUCAGACCAGAUUCCUCAAUGUUCACUUUCAUCGAAUCAAGCCUUCGCCAUAAGAGUGAAAUGGUUGUCUACGAAGCUGCCAGUGCAAUUGUCAGUCUUCCACACACAACUUCUGCUGAACUUCAACCAGCAAUUGCUGUUCUUCAAUUAUUCUGCUCUUCUCCAAAAGCUGCUCUUCGUUUUGCUGCUGUUAGAACUUUGAACAAAGUUGCAAUGGCUCAUCCAACUGCGGUUAUGAGUUGUAAUGUUGAUUUGGAGAAAUUGAUCACUGAUUCAAAUAGGUUAGUUUGAAGUUGUCAAGGAUCAGCGCCUAGAAAAGCUGAUUUUCCAGUAGCAGAGCCUAAUGAAUAUAAUUGUUAAGAUGUUGCGCCUAGAAUUCCCCUUUUAAACAUAAAGAAUAUUUCAAUAUUUUCCAGAUCAAUUGCAACUUUGGCAAUCACAACUCUUCUCAAAACUGGAGCUGAAAGCAGUGUCGAACGACUUAUGCAACAAAUCAGUGGAUUUGUCAAUGAAAUCUCGGAUGAAUUCAAAAUUGUUGUCGUCGAUGCAAUUCGCUCAUUAUGCUCAAGAUAUCCACGAAAACAUGCUGUUAUGAUGCCAUUUUUGGCAAAAAUGCUUCGAAAUGAUGGAAGUUUUGAAUAUAAAAAAGCUAUUGUUGAAACAAUUAUUGCAAUCAUCGAAGAGAAUCCAGACGCAAAAACUGCUGGUUUGGCUCAUUUGUGUGAAUUUAUCGAAGAUUGUGAACACGAUAAUUUGUCAACAAGAGUUCUACAUUUGUUGGGAAGAGAAGCACCAAAAACACCAAAUCCAAGUAGUUAUAUUCGAUUUAUUUAUAAUCGAGUUAUUCUUGAAAGCACUAAAGUUCGAGCUGCUGCAGUUACUGCUUUGGCUAAAUUCGGAGCACAAUGUGUUGAUUUGAGAAAAUCGAUUCAAGUUUUGUUGAGAAGAUGUUUAUUGGAUAGCGAUGAUGAAGUUCGUGAUCGAGCAACUUUCUAUUUGAAAAUGUUGACUGAAGCCGGAGAAUCAGUUAUUCAUAAUUUCAUUUUGGAUGGUCUUCAAAUUUCGCCAUCCGGUUUGGAAAGAGCUGUUUUGGAUUAUUUGAAAUCUGGAAAUUAUAGUGCACCAUUUGAUUUGAGAAUUGUUCCAGUUUCAACUCAAGCAUUAUCACAACCAGAAAAACGUGUUCCAGCACUUGUUGAAAUUGAAGAAAAAACCAAAAACUGUUAAAGUGGAACCUUAUGCUGCACAACUUGCUGCAAUUCCAGAAAUUGCAAAACUUGGACCAGUUUUCAAAUCUGGAACAAGAAUUGCGUUGACUGAAUCAAUUGCUGAAUAUACUGUUCAUCUUAUCAAGCAUACUUUUGCAAAUGCUAUUGUUUUGCAGGUAAGAUUUCUGAAUUAAAGACUAAAGAAUUAUUCUACAAUUAAUAUUUUAUUUCAGUUUGAAUGUAAAAAUACAAUGAAUGAUCAAUUACUUUUGGAUGUUUCUGUUGAACUCGAAGAUCCAGAAAGUGAAUGGCAACCAUCUGGAUCAAUUGAAAUUCCAAAAUUACCUUACGGUGAAGCUCAAUCAGCUUACACAAUUCUUGAAUUCCCAGAAUCUGGUGCAAUUUCUGGAAGUCUUGGAGCAAUUUUGAAGUUCAAAGUAAUGGAUGUUGAUCCAACUUCAGGAGAACCAGAUUCGGAAGAUACUUAUGAUCAAACAUAUGUAUUGGAAGAAGUCGAAAUUGCUGUAUCCGAUUCAAUUCAAGCUGUCUCAAAAAGUUCAUUUGCAAGUGCUUGGGAAGCAUUGGGAGAAGAUUCAGCAAGAGAGGAAACAUUCCAAUUAUCAACUGUUGAUACAAUUCCAGAAGCUGUUAAGAAAAUUGCUGAAAUUCUUGGAUUAUCACCAUGUGAAAGAUCGGAUCGUGUUGGAGAGGGAAAAACACAACAUACUGUAUUGUUGUCUGGUAUUUUUAGAGGUGGAUAUGAUGUUUUGUCGAAAGCGACUGUUGCUAUUGAUCCAAGUGAUAAUUCAAUUAAUAUGAAUAUUAUUAUUAGGUGAGUUAUUUUUUCGAAUAAUUUUAUACUCUGAAGAGAACUGGCUACUGAAUUGAGAAUGAUUUCUCUCCAAAAUCAUUGGAAAAAAAAUGAACUGUUGUUGAAAAAUGAAAAUUUCAAAAUUUUGCUGAGUUUAUAAAUCCAAAUAAUGAUUGAACUCAGGAAGAAACACUUUGAAAAGCAAGUUUCCAUAAUUCUUCAAAUUUUAAAAAGUUUUGAAAUGGUUUUAUUGAUUAUUAAUUUUGAAAUAACUACACGUUUUCAAUAAUUAAAGAAGUCUUCCCAUCUAAAAUUUUCGUAAUUUUGAUCACAAUCUUUGAACAAUGUUCAUAUUAUUUUAUUUUCUCUCGAUCUGAAAAUCAGAAAAAAAUCCUCAUGACAUUUAUCUCGAGUCAAGUCAAAAGUCAAACAAAAUCUCUUAUAUUUUUCAUCUUUUUUUCCUGUUUCAAAACUUCCGUUCUCAUUUCUUUCCACCGGAAAUGCUACUUUUUGUCUUGUCUAACAAUCGAUUUGAUCAGCAGGUGUCCUUUAUCCAUCCCUAUUUUUUCAUCUAAUAUCAUUUCUCUGCGUCUCUCUUUGCUCAUAAUCUCUCAUCGCCCCUCUCACUUAAUGAUGUUUUUUUUGUGCAAAUGUGUUCCCGCCUCAAUUCAGUAGCCAUUUUCUAAGAAAAGAGUGUGAAUUUGUUUGUUUUGGUCAUUUUUUAUUAGUCAUAUCUUUAUUCAGGUCAACCGAGCCACUUGUUUCCGAUCUUGUCAUUUCGGCUGUUGUCUAA